AUGUCCGCCCCCUCCGCAGAAGAACGCUCUCUAAAGGACGUCGAUCGUGACUCCGUUACCUCUGAGGAUUCAGACGCCACCGAUGAAGAGGGAUGGGAAGACGUCGAGCCGGAUGAUGAAACGCAGCCGGUCGUUGGUCUUUUUUCUGAUAAAGUCUACCCAGAUAUUCGAUCAAUGCUCAAGGAGAGCAAAGAUAAAUACAACUUUGAUCUAAGGAAAAUACAAAAGGAGCUUGAUUUGGACUUUUUGGAUACUAUCAAACUCGUCAACUAUAUACGCACUUCCGUAAAAGAUGGGAAUAUGUCUCCUGAUGUGUCCACAAAGGAUAAAUUCCAAGACGACAUCUAUCUGAAACCUGUCUUGGAGGACGACGCACUCCUAUACAGUCUGGAUGACAUCGAGGACGAAGAAUCGGACAAGGCCGGUGAAACUCAAGCUGAACGCCAGGUAGUUGAGCUCCAGGAAGAGUUGGAGCGCCUCCAGAUUCAGUUCUCGGAGUAUAGACUCGCGGUUCAAAAAUCGCUGGAGGAGCAAUUGGCGAAGGAAGAGGAGAAGCCCGCUAGUCAGGCUGCUGGUCGUGCUGCCACCAAGGCUGAAGAAGUUGAUUCGGACUACUUUACUUCAUACUCAUAUAACGGCAUCCACGAGUCCAUGCUCAAAGACACGAUCCGUACUGACUCCUACCGGGAUUUCGUCUACGAGAACAAGCACGUUUUCAAAGAUAAAGUUGUCCUUGAUGUUGGCUGUGGAACCGGAAUCCUGUCUAUGUUUUGUGCCAAAGCGGGUGCUCGAAAGGUUAUCUCCGUCGACAAUUCGAACAUCAUCGAUCGGGCGAAAGAGAUCGUUUACGAGAACGGUUUUGGUGAUGUUAUAACAUGCAUUCGCGGCAAGAUCGAGGAAGUCACAUUGCCUGUCGAACAGGUGGACAUUAUCAUUUCCGAAUGGAUGGGUUACGGCUUGUUAUUCGAAGCCAUGUUUGACUCUGUCAUCUACGCUCGGGACCGCUACCUUGCUCCAGGGGGUCUUAUGGCACCUUCGCACGCUACGCUUCGCCUUGCGCCGCUGGCCGAUGCGGACUUGGUUCAGUCGCACAUCGGAUUCUGGCACGAUGUAUACGGCUUCAACAUGAAGAGUAUGCUCACUGGCAUCUAUGACGAAGCGCUUGUCCGCACCGUGCCGGUAUCUGCUAUUGCUGGGGAAUCCGAUAUCUUCCUGACCCUUCCACUGCACACUAUCACUGUGGAGGAAUUGUCUUUCUUGAAGGACUUUGAGGUCACCCUAAAAGAAGAUGUUGACGCGCUCGAUGGUUGGGCUAUCUGGUUCGACAUCUUCUUCAUGCCAUCCAGUGAGUCCAAUCUUCCGCCCAAUGCUACCCCGUCGGACCUGCAGAAGAAGGGCAUCGUGUCUUUUACCACCGGUCCAGAUGGUAAAGAGACUCAUUGGCAACAAACCAUCCUUCUGAUCGACCAUGGAAAGAAAGAUGCGAUUCCGCUAAAGAAAGGCCAGUUGAUCAAGGGUAAGGUUGGUUAUCAGAAGAAGGAUGCGAACUCCAGGUCCCUGGAUAUCACUGUUGAAUAUGACGCGCAAGUCGGCGAGAAAGGGGAGAAAGGGGAUCAGAAGUGGGCGUUACAAUAA